UGACUAGUUUUCCAAUUUUUAGAGAUUCGUUUUCUUACAUUAUCUCAUUGACCAAAAUCUAAUCUCAACUCCCCCACUGAGUACGAAGUGUGUGAUAAUUCUCUUAAGAUCAAGUUCCAACUCAUAAUUGAUCUUGUUGAAAAAUCUUAGAACUUGAAACACUUAAAGGAGACUCCUUAACGGCUAAAAUGGCAUCUGAACCAGUAAAUGUGAAUGAGUUCCAAGAACUGGCCAGGAAAGUGCUUCCAAAAAUGUACUUCGAUUACUUUAAUGGAGGAGCAGAGGACGAGCAUACACUUAAACAGAAUAUGGAGGCUUUUCAAAGAAUCACGCUAUGGCCUAGAGUUCUUGUAGAUGUUAGCAGAAUAGACAUGUCCACAACUUUGAUGGGUUUCAAAAUCUCGGCACCUAUAUUGAUUGCUCCCACUGCUAUGCACCAGUUAGCUCACCCCGAAGGAGAGAAAGCCACAGCUAGAGCCGCGGCUUCAUGCAACACAAUCAUGGUGCUAUCCUUUUCGUCAAACUGCACCAUAGAAGAGGUUGCUUCCAGCUGCAAUGCUGUUCGGUUCUUUCAGUUAUAUGUUUAUAAGCAACGAGAUGUAUCAGCUGAGCUGGUGAAGAGAGCUGAGAGAAACGGAUUCAAGGGUAUUGUAUUAACAGCUGAUACUCCUAAACUCGGUCGAAGGGAGGCAGACAUAAAGAACAAAAUGAUAGCACCCAAAUUAAAGAAUCUCGAAGGCCUUAUGGCCACUGAAGUUGACUCUAAUGAUGGUUCAAACCUAGAAGCUUAUGCCAGUAAAACAUUGGAUGCUUCUCUUUGUUGGAAGGACAUUGAGUGGUUAAGAUCAAUCACGAGCUUGCCAAUUCUGGUGAAGGGAGUACUCACUCAGGAAGAUGCAAGACUGGCUGUUGAAGCCGGUGUUAAUGGGAUAAUUGUCUCUAAUCACGGAGGCCGGCAGUUAGAUUAUGCUCCUCCCACUAUUACUGUUCUAGAAGAGGUCAUCCAUGCUGUUGGAGGGAAAGUACCUGUUCUACUUGACGGUGGAGUGCGCCGAGGAACAGAUGUCUUCAAGGCAUUAGCCCUUGGUGCACAAGCUGUACUUGUUGGAAGGCCAAUUAUCUAUGGCCUAGCCGCAAUGGGGGAAAAUGGGGUUAGAGCUGUCAUUGAAAUGCUGAAGAAUGAGCUUGAACUCGCUAUGACCCUUUCCGGUUGUCCUACUCUUAAAAAUAUCCAUAGAAGUCAUGUGAUGACGCCUCAAGAGAGUCUACACUCAAAGCUUUAGUUUGAUUUUGAAGCUCCUACUACUUAUUAUAACACAGACCUACUAUGAAUAAUAAUAAUAUUAAUAAUAAGGGAGUUUCCCCUUUCUGGUUUGGGUGAGAAUUGAAUGUAAUGAAAUGGAAUGGUUUUAUAUUCUUGUAUAGAAUGGAAUUGUUGUUAUGAC